AUGGCUGCACCCGAGUUCCGUCUCCCCCUGGCCUACAGCUGGUUCUUCCUCAUCAUCGAGCCUCUCUCCACCCUCGCCGGAGCCUACUACGCGCACUUCCAACCCGACAAAUAUCUGCAUCUCACCCACGCCGCAUCAUCCCCCUACCCCACGCCCCACGACAUCCCGCUCUCGGCCCACAUCGCGCUCACCCAACUCGCCAAUCUGUAUCUCCUGCUCGCCCUCAACGAAGCCCUCGUUCUCCGCUGCACCUCGGAUCUCCGCGUCUGGAAAGUCUUCCUGUGCGGUCUGCUCGUCGCCGAUUUCGGUCAUCUGUAUAGUGUCAAGGACCUGGGUGCGAGCAUCUAUUGGAAUGUACCCGCCUGGAAUAAAAUGGCCUGGGGAAAUGUAGGGUUUGUCUAUGUGGCGGCGGCGAUGCGCAUGGCGUUUUUGAGGGGUUGGGGUUUGGGUACGGAGGAGGCGCAGCGGAAAGCUGUGAGGUCGCAAACGUUAGCGAGGGGUUUGAAGGGGGCUUGA